AUAUAUAUAUAUCCCGGAGUUUGGUUCUGCGGAGCAGCCAGCGGGAAGCUCGGAGCCAAAUCCUCUUUUGCAAACAGCAGAGGGGCCCCGGGGCUGCCGCGCAGGCUGCACCAUGGAGACAGACCUAUGAGCAGCGGCUGGGGCUCAGGUCACGGCCGGCCUCGCUGCUUGUGUAACGGGUCACUGGAGUCCAGGGAGGGAGGCCAAGGGCGGGAGGUGGCGAACGGAGGGGAGGAAGGCCCUCGCGCUUCAAAGCAAAGCGGUGGAGCCCAGCCCACGGGGUGGCGUUGACAGCUCCUUCCCUCCGCAGAGCGGACCCUUCUGGGCGGUGAGGGCUGGCUGCGUGCUCUGGGUGUGGGCACAGGAAAUGGCUCGGGGCCUCUCUCUGCUGUCGCGCUGCGGGCGGGCAGCGCCCGGAGGAGGGCCCCCUGGGACGGGGGAGCAGCCGGGGGCAGCCAGGCAAAGGUUAGGGAGGGAAGCAGCGCCGGCCCCUGCGGCCAGCCGGGCCGGGCCGGGAGGGCUCCCUCCGGGAAAUGUUUGUAUUCCUGCUCCGGAGGGAGGGAGAGAGGGAGGACAAACAAGCUCUUUCGGUGCCUCCCGGGCAGCCGGCGAGCUGGAGCUUUGCGCUCUGCAGCAGGACCGUCUCCCCGUCUCCUCGCCAGCAUGAGCCGCGCCGGACCUGCCGGCCGCUCCCCACGAAUGGCCACGUCCCCAAGCCUCGCUCUUGGGGUUCUCGGGGACACAGGCAGCUCGUGACCCCGGCUCCGGAGCCAGGCCCCCCCCCACACCCCCCAGGCUCCCGUCUCCCCGGCUGGAGCUGCGUGCUGUUCUCCGUCCGUCCGUCCGUCCGGGCUGCCUGCGCCCACCACCUGUGCGGGCCGUGGGCACCCGCGGGCACCCGCUUCCGGGGGCCAGGAAGUUAGAAAAACAGCCGCAGGGGAGCUGCGGCUUUCAGAUCAGCCUCUGCGUCUCCGCGGGAACCCCCGGGGCCUCCUCCGAAGCACUCGCCAGCUCGGCCGCCCCGUCCGGCCGUCCAGCCGUCCGGCCGUCCGCCCACCGGCUGGCCGGCCGGUCGCCAUGGACAACGGGUCGUGCUGCCUCCUGCAGGGGGACCCCAUGGCACAGGUGAUGCCGCCGCUGCUGAUCCUGUUCUUCGUGCUGGGCGCGCUGGGCAACGGGCUGGCCCUGUGCGGCUUCUGCUUCUCCCUGAAGACCUGGAAGCCCAGCACCAUCUACCUGUUCAACCUGGCGGUGGCCGACUUCCUGCUCAUGGUGUGCCUGCCCUUCCGCACCGACUACUACCGGCGGGACCGGCGCUGGGCCUUCGGGGACGCGCCGUGCCGGCUGGUGCUGUUCAUGCUGGCCCUGAACCGGGCGGGCAGCAUCGUCUUCCUCACGCUGGUGGCUGUGGACCGCUACUUCAAGGUGGUGCACCCGCACCACGCGGCCAACGCCGUGUCCAAGCGCGGGGCGGCCGGCCUGGCCCUCGGGCUCUGGGCGGCCGUGCUGCUGGGCACGCUGCACCUGCUCACCGAGGACCACCGGUGCACGGCGCCCGGCGGGCCGCCCGCGCCCUCCUGCGAGAGCUUCAUCAUGGAGUCGGCCAACGGCUGGCACGACAUCAUGUUCCAGCUGGAGUUCUUCCUGCCGCUGGGCGCCAUCCUCUUCUGCUCGGGCCGCGUGGUGUGGAGCCUGCGGCGGCGGCGGCGGCUGGCCCGGCAGGCCCGGCUGCGCAGGGCCACGCGCCUCAUCGGCGUGGUGGCCGCGGUCUUCGUCACCUGCUACCUGCCCAGCGUGGCGGCCCGCCUCUACUUCCUGUGCACCGUGCCCGCCAGCGCCUGCCACCCCGCCGUGCACGCCGCCCUGCACGUCACGCUGAGCCUCACCUACAUGAACAGCGUGCUGGACCCGCUGGUGUACUGCUUCUCCAGCCCGGCCUUCCCCCGCCUCUGGGCGCGGCUCAAGGUGCCCGGCCUGCGGGCGCCGAGGCGCGAGGAGCUGCCCAUCGCGCGCCUCUGCCGCCAGGGCGGCGCCGCCGCGGCCAGCAGUGGGCAGAGCCGGCCCUGCGGGCCCUGAGCCGGCACCCGGGCGGGCGGACAGAAGGGCAGACAGACAGACGGGCGGGCGGACGGACGGGCGAACAAAAAAGGAUGAAUUCCAGCCAAGGGGGUAAGGGGCUUUGGAAGGGCCGCAUGCCCCUCGCUCCGCUGGAGACGCAGUGCACAGGCUGCUGGGUGUGUGUGUGUGUGUGUGUGUUCGGAGGGUCCCGGCCCGCUGAGCAGGGAGUGGGGUUGUGUUCGUGUCAUGGGACGGCAGUGACAGGACAUUGUGUGUGUGCUAGGUGGAGGGUGUGUGUGUGUGUGUGUGUGUGCUAGGUGGAGGGGUGUGUGUGUGUGUGUGUG